CUCUCGCCUAACCCUGAAAAGGACAUUUUCGUGGUGCGGGAAAACCGGACGACUUGUCUCAUGGCGGAAUUCGCUGCCAAGUUCACCGUCCCCUACGACAUGUGGGCUAGCAACCACGUGGAUGAGGGGCACAACACCUCCCGGGGGCAGGAGACUUUUUGGAGGCUCAGCCUGAUCCAGUUCACCUACGACACCGCCGAGCGCACCUACUUCAAGGACGCCGUCGGCCCCGGGAAGCACACGGCCAGCUCGCACCAGCUGUCUGCCCUGGUCACCCCAGCUGGGAGGUCCUACGAGUGCCAGGCACAGCAGACCAUCUCCCUCAUCUCCAGCGACCACCAGAGAUCUGUGCAGCUCUUGCUGUCGGAAGUGCGCAUCCAGCCCUUUGACAUCACCGCGGAUUUUGUCUUCAGUGAAGAACACAAGUGCCCAGUGGACCAGAGGGAGCAGUUAGAAGAAACCCUGCCUCUAAUUUUGGGCCUGAUACUGGGGUUGGUUAUCGUGAUAACCCUCUGUGUUUAUCAUAUCCACCACAAGCUGACAGCCAACCAAGUGCAAAUUCCUCGGGACAGAUCUCAGUACAAACAUAUGGGAUAG